AUGCCGUUCCCCUCACAGCUUUCCGUAGGCAAGCCCCAUGAUUGGAGGGUGUUUUCCUUUAAGGUGAAGGAUGGUCCGGAUGGUCAGGAAGCGACCUGGAUAGUGGACGUGAAGAAUGGCAAGGGUUGCGUUCACAAUGACACAGAAAGCAGCUGCACCAUUUCCAUGUCAGAUGCAGACCUGCUGGCCUUGAUGACGGGGAAAAUGAACCCACAGACAGCGUUCUUCCAGGGCAAGCUGAAGAUCACAGGGAACAUGGGAAUGGCCAUGAAGCUCCAGAGUCUGCAGCUGCAGCCAGGCAAAGCCAAGCUGUGAGGUAGAACCUGGGGUGAGGCAGAGGUUACCGCCCUAGCGCUGGUCUAGGAUCAGUGCUUCAUAUCACAAUCCUAACCUUAACCACUAGGGGUUACAACAACAAACCUGGUCCAAGACCUGCACUAAGGGUAACUUCUACAUUUUCUGUAGCUCAACAGCAGCCACCACCAUCCAACUAGUAGUGUGAGGAGGGAGGGGGGCACGCACUGUAGGAGGAAACGAUGCGAGUAGAGAUGGAAUGAUGGAUGGAGAGAAAUACUGUUUUCAACAUCUACCUCUCUUUCUCUGACCCCCUCUGUCUUUUUCUAAUAUAUUAAGGACCAGAACACAUUAGAAUAGAGAUAUACCGUAGGGGUGUAGUCUACUCUCUCUCCAACUGUGUAAUUUUAUAUUUAUUCAGACUGAUUUAUUAUGACUCACAGAAUAUCUGUUUGUAUGAUGUCAUUAAUUGAAUCAUGCCCCUCAUCUGGCGAUUUCUGACCUUUUUCCUCUUAAGUUUCAUGUGUGUAUUGGUAAUGGAAAUACAAUUGCUCUUGACAAUUGGGACAGGAUGAAUCAUGUCUUGUAUGGUCUCAGAGCUGUGCUACACAGUAAUUUCUCCCUAUUCAGCCUUUAUGAGAGAUGAAUGGAUAAAACAGUGAAGUGCCUCUCAGGUGUGGAAUAUUCCCUGGUGUCAUGAACAAGUGUAAAAACAUUGAUACUGUCUCAUAUCAGCUUCAUAAUAUCUAAAACAGGACAGGAUGGUCCACUGAAUGUUACAUUUACAUUUUAGUCAUUUAGCAGACACUCUUAUCCAGAGCGACUUACAGUAGUGAGUGCAUACAUUUCCGUACUCUGUUACUGUGUUACUUUCAGCUAUGUUGUUGUGACUCUGACCAUCUGACCCACUGAUGAUGCUAAAGUGAUUUCUACUAAAUAAACUCUUACUAAUAAACACUGAAAUAAGUUUGA